AUGGACGCCGGCGCGCUCCAGCUCGCCGCCGCCGCCGUUGCCAUCGUCGUCGCCGCGUUGGUAUGCAGAUGGUUCCUUGUGGCGUGCGCGGUCGGGGUCCGGAAGCAGAGGCCGCGGCUACCGCCGGGUAGCACGGGGUUGCCCCUGAUCGGCGAGACGCUGCGGCUGAUCUCUGCAUACAAGACGCCCGACCCGGAGCCCUUCAUUGAUGAGCGCGUGGCGCGGCACGGGGGCGUGUUCACCACCCACAUCUUCGGCGAGCGCACCGUCUUCUCCGCCGACCCGGCCUUCAACCGCCUCCUCCUCGCCGCCGAGGGCCGCGCCGUGAGCUGCAGCUACCCUUCCUCCAUCACCACGCUCCUCGGCGCGCGCUCCCUGCUCCUCACACGGGGCACCGCCCACAAGCGCCUCCACUCGCUCACCCUCACCCGCCUCGGGCGCCCCGCCUCGCAGCCCCUGCUCGCGCACAUCGAGCGCCUCGUGCUCGCCACCAUGCGCCAGUGGGAGCCCACCGCCACCGUGCGUCUCCUCGACGAGGCAAAGAAGAUCACCUUCAACCUCACCGUCAAGCAGCUCGUCAGCAUCGAGCCCGGGCCCUGGACCGAGAGCCUCCGCCGCGAAUACGUCAAGCUCAUCGACGGCUUCUUCUCCAUCCCCUUCCCUUUCGCCUCAUUCCUCCCCUUCACCACCUACGGCCAGGCCCUCAAGUCGAGGAAGAAGGUGGCCGGAGCGUUGAGGGAGGUGAUAAGGAAGAGGAUGGAGGAGAGAGGAGAGGAGAAAGGAGUGAAGGAGGAGAUGGACGGAAAGAGGGAGAAGAAGGACAUGGUGGAGGAGCUUCUUGAGGCGGAGGGUGGGAGCUUCUCGGAGGAGGAGAUGGUGGACUUCUGCCUGUCCCUGCUCGUUGCUGGGUACGAGACCACUUCCGUCCUCAUGACGGUGGCCGUCAAGUUCCUCACCGAGACGCCGGCGGCGCUGGCACAGCUCAAGGAAGAGCAUGAAAAUAUGACAAAGAUGAAAGGUGAAAAUCAACCCCUAGAGUGGGUCGAUUACAAGUCAAUGACCUUCACCCAAUGUGUGAUAAAUGAGACACUUCGUGUGGCUAACAUAAUCGGUGGGGUAUUUAGGCGAGCAAACACUGAUAUUCAUUUUAAAGGUUACACUAUCCCGAAGGGCUGCAAAAUAUUUGCUUCGUUCCGAGCUGUGCACCUCAACAAUGAACACUAUGAGAACGCCCGGACGUUUGACCCAUGGAGAUGGCAGAGCAACAACAAACUUCAGAACGAGGUAGGGGCCAACUUAUUUACUCCCUUUGGCGGUGGACCUCGGUUGUGCCCUGGCUACGAGCUCGCUCGGGUUGUCAUCUCUGUUUUCCUCCAUCAUCUUGUAAUGCGCUUUAGCUGGGAAGCGGCCGAGGAAGAUAGGCUCGUCUUCUUUCCCACCACUCGAACCCUCAAAGGAUAUCCGAUCAAUCUCAGGCGGCGAUCGAAGUCUGUUUGA